AUGCCGCACACUGGCCAGGCAGGCAUCAACCAGCUGGGCGGCGUCUUCGUGAACGGGCGGCCGUUGCCGGACUACAUCCGGCGCCGCAUCGUCGAGCUGGCGCUGAUGGGCGUGAGGCCAUGCGACAUCUCGCGACAGCUGCUCGUGUCGCACGGCUGCGUGUCGAAGAUACUGACGCGCUUCUACGAGACCGGCUCCAUCAAGCCGGGCUCCAUCGGAGGGAGCAAGCCCAAGGUAUCCAAUCCGCAGGUGAUGCGUCGAAUGCUGCGCUACAAGAACGAUACCAGCCCCAGCGGCUGGGACGUGCGGCAGCUGCUGCCCCACCAGCCGCAGCAGCACCAGCCGCAACAUCAGCUGCAGCCCGACCACCCGCUGGGCGCGGAGCACGGCCUCACGUCUUCACCGCCGUCGGCGUCCAGGGUGCUCCGAUGCGCCGCCGAGUGCUCGACGCUCGCCUCGCCAACCGUGGACGUGACGGGAGGCCUGGCUGAACCACUGCCCCUCGCCAUGGGGCCCUACUACCCCAACCCUUACUUGGCCCUGCAGCACGUCACCACCUGCCUGCCCACACUGCCCCCGCAACAGCAGCAGCAGCAGCAUCAGCAGGCCCGGCAGGCACAACAGCAUCAACAGCAACUGCCGCUACAGAACGGCAUUGGCCAGAUGACGCUGCCUUCUACCUCCUCUGCCAUGUUUGCCGCUUCUUCGUGUGCGACCAUGACGCGACCUUCGACGUCGCAUAACUCUGGAGGAAUGCUCUUCCAAAAGAAGCAGCGGAGCAGGCCUGACUCGAACGAGCCUGACUCAGAGGACGACCUCGACGACCAGGACUCGGCGGACGAACAGUUGCUGUCGAGGCGGCGCACCGGUGGGGGCAGCAAGGGCGUCACGUCGUACUCCAUCGAAGACAUACUCAAGAAACCGGGUGACUCGCCUGCUGGAAGGUCCAGGGCCUCCCACAGGAGAACGGCGGCUUGGAGCUCUGAUGACGGAAGUGCGAACGGCACGUCGCCACAACAACCGAAAGGCCACUCGAAGUCCGAACAGGAGUCGAGUCUGGAGGCGGAAGUGACGUCAUCGUCGGCCGACGCCGAGUGCAACGGGCUACCACCCGCCGCUUCCCAGCAGCAGCUCGCCGAACAGACGACCGCCGCGGCGGCAGCAGCGGCUGCCGCCGCAGCCGUAGCGGCUUUCCAGCCCCAAGCCGCAGCUCUGGCUCUGUGGGCCGGAGCCGCAGCCUCUAGCCCAGGCAGCGUAGGAUUCGCGUCAUUCCCGUUCACGAGGUUCGCACCCAUGAUGGCGCCGUUCCCAUGCUCCUACUUCUCGCAAAUGGCCGCCAUCUACCCGCAUGCCCAACCACCGCAGCCAUCGUCGUCGUCCGUCGAGCCGGCGAUCGCGGUGGACAGCAACGUCGUUGCCGAUUCGGCAACUUCGCCGUCGCCCGCAGCGGAAACCCCGGCGAACACGAUGCAUCCUAAGUCGAGUUCACUGGCACUGACUCCGUGA